CUCUGACAUCGGGACCUCAGUUCAGUGAAAGUGCUCGGCCAGACAUCGCUGAGACCACCGCCAACCUCCACUUACUGCCAUGGCGGUGUUGCUGUUCCUAGUGGGGUUGACGGUUCUGCUUCCCCCAGCCCAAAGCACGCCGCCGCCCCUGCCCUUACCGUCGUCACCUUACCACUGCCUAGAGUACGGCAAUUGCCGGCAACAUUACAACUUCGUCCCGGCGCCCCCUGGGAAGACACCACCCUGUGCCUCUCAUGGCUCAACCUUCUGUGAGAACACCGACCGAUAUCCCAUGCGCCUGAUCCAGUAUCUCGUGGACCACUGGGUAUAUGACUACAGAUCCUUGCUAAAAGACGAGUCCAAGGAUGAUUUUCCUAAACGUCCCAGACCACAACCGACCUAUGGUCCCCCACGCCCCGUAGGAUACAAGCCGUAUUUAAUGUCUGAUGCUUUCCAGACAAUUAAGUACAACCCGCCAGUGCAUGUGCCGGGAAACUCCCUUAACUUUUCACAGCCACAGGGUUACCCUGAUCGUCGCUACCCCCUACCGCCACUCCCAUUCUACAACAACGACCCGGGGGAGAUCUACUCCGCCCUUCUACAGCCCACCAAUGUUACACCGUACGACCCGUCCCACUGGUGGAAGAGAAUCACGCGAUCGGACGACACAUCCCGGCCCAAACGUCAACUACCCGGCCAGGACAUCCAGUUAUGCCCUACACGUUCACAGUUCGUCAGCCCGAGGGCCGCGCUUAACGCUCAGGGAAACUGGAUGUACGUGGUCAACCUGGAGCAGGACCAGACGAGACUCACGCAGCAAGUGAGGGCCGAGACGUGCACGUCUGACCGAUGCAAUGGUAUAUGCACUUUGCCCAACGGUUAUACGUCGAGAUGUCAGCAGCAAUACGUACAGAAGCGGCUGAUAGCUCUGGAAGGCAGCGGCAACCAGCUGUACACGGACACCUUCUGGUUACCACACUGCUGUAUAUGUCAGAUAACACCCACCAACUGAUAAAAGCCGAGGUGCCUCGUCACAUCGCGUCUGGUCACGUGUGAAAAUGAACAAGAGUGAUGAGUUUAACGAUUCGUAGAUACGAUAUUUUCGCUGCCUUUAACUGAAGCAAAUAGGACGCGGUGUUCUUCAUCUAAAAUUCGCAGUUCUGAGGCCAAAGAAAACUGACUUAAAAGUUUUAGUGAAAACGUCGAUAAAGUAGUGUUUGAUUGUUCUAGUGUAGUUUAUUCAAAGACAUACACCUUCACAAAUGUGACCUAAUUGUCAGUUAAUUAAAGACUCACUGAAUAACCGACAAAAUUUGGUUUCUGCAGUAUAAAUAUAGGAAAACAGAUGAACAAUAAGAAAAGCAACCUACUGGACAAAAUUAUAAAAAAUGGGUCCAAAACCAUCUCUCUACACAGUUUUUUAUGACCAAAUCGCGAAUAACUCUCCAAUCUAAAAUGUAUCGAUUUCAAAUCCAACUCAAUUGUUUUACUCAAAUCAAACACUUAUUUAAUUUGUAUGAUAUUUAUAGUUGUACUCAUCAAUAAACGCAAUUUGAUAGUAGGUUUCAAAAACUUAAUUUGACUAGGUAUUUAUAUUCAUGUAUAUAUUUUGUUAGCAUUUAAGUUUAAAGCGUAAACAUGGUGUAUGCAUUAUGUGUGUUCGUACUUAUAUGAUUGUCAAUUACUGGUGAUAAACCUUGGAGUAAAAAUUAUUUCAAUUAGCUCGCUAAUUUGUCCAGUUUGUUCCAACACAAUGCUUAAUUUGUUCAAUUUUUAUGACCUAAGCGGUAUGUUUUAAAUUCUUCUAUAAUUUACUUAAUAUUAAACAAUUUAACAUAUAAAAUGUUACUUGACUGAAAGUUGAAAUUUAAAUACUUCUUAUUUAAUCCUUUCAAUUCAAACUUGAAUAAAAUAUUUAAUCUAAGUUUGAAUGAUUUUAUAUUUCUGUUUUUGAAACAAGUAAAUUUUAUAAAUAUAAUAAAAUGACCUCAUAAGUUUAUCCUGUACUUUAAACACUGAUAAUAUCUGGUUACUUAAUUUUAGGAUAGUCAUUUUGUUUUAAAAGAAUAGGUUUUUUUAAUGUUCGCUUAUCGAAGUAUAUUUCCUACUGAGAACUGCCAAUGUAUUAUUAUGUUAAUGUAAAAUGGUGCCAAAUAUGUGCCAGAAGUAAUUGUUUUAGCUUUUCUAUCCGUUUUUAUGUAGAAAAUGCCAAAAAUAUGUGUCAUUUUUACAGAGACAGUAAUCAAAACAAUGACAACUAUUCAUAAAAUUGAUGUUAUUUUUCAUUGUUGUUUAGGCUAAGUAUAGGGUUUAAGUAAGAAACUGUGAUUUAUAGAACUGUAAUUUGUGAAUGUAGUACUUACUACAAAUUUAUAUAUCUCUAUAUAAAUUUGAUUAUGUGAGCUAUGUCAAAAUUACAUUAUUUUAUAAAAACC